AUGUGUCCUCGCGCCGGUGAGCAUCAGGGACCGGAGAGCAUCCUUUCCCCGCCGCGGGUUCGCCUCGCUCGGUGUGGAGGUGCUGAUGCUGGAGAGUCAGGGGAGGGGCGUCACCCGACCUCUGCAUUGAAAAAAAUAACAAGUGCAAAGAGGCGUGGCUACACCGCUGCGUCUACCCUGCGUGCAACCCUAUUGGUAGCUAGAAUCAACAGCGGAAGUGGUGUCGUUUCGCUCAUCCACUUCCUACCCUCCGACACUGACACGCAUUCAGCUCGGCGUAUAUUAAUUGUCUCCACCCCGCCGGUCCACCCCUGCCGCUGCUGGUUUAUGAUCGGUCGUUUGUUUGGAUACGUGGCUCAGAGGGUGCCGAGAGUGCUGUACCGUGUGUCGCUGAUGAUGAAGCCGCAGGUUGUGUUCGUGCUGGGCGGGCCUGGAGCCGGCAAAGGGACUCAGUGCUCCAGAAUCGUGGAGGUACGAGAGACAACGAGAGAAAGGAGCACAAUUGAUUUAGAUGGUUGGGACAGGACAUGCUGGGGUGAAAAUGAUAGGCUCGUCUUUUAAAAGAGUAUUUAAUACCUCUCUAUGUCAGAACUACAUGUACUUCCGGUUGUCCUCUAAAAUGAACCGAUGCGCUAGCAGGUGUUAUGGUGAAACGUGUCACCCUGUUAACGAGAGACUUGGCCGAAUGCGUCCGAGGUUGACGUAGACACCAAAAAAUGGCCGUGGGAGGAUUUGCAUUUGUUUUGUGUGCUGUCUCUGUGUUUUUUGUCACGAAACUUAACUUAUUGUGAAACAUAGUCAACUUUUCAGAUAUAUCAUUCGAGUCUUGUUCGCUUGUUUGUAUAAUCGUCUCGAAAAUGGCUGUGUUUCCUUCUUCCGUUUCAACAUCCGCCGUUUCUACGACAACUGCGGACGUAUUCGUCAUGUCUCCGGUUAGCAGGGUCACAUUUUACACCGAAACACCGGACAACUAGCUAGCUAUUUAGCCAUACAGGAUAACACAGUUCAUAUGCUUAUAUAUAAGGUUUUAAUGAUAUAUAUGACAUUUAGUGCCCAAUUUCAACAUUUGUAAUCCUUUCGAAACUUUACGGCAUUUAUUAAAACGAGGUUUCCGGGUAUUAAGUCCUCUGUCCAAUGUUUUUUCAGUUGAACGCCUCAGUGAAGUGAUUUGAUUAAUUACUGCUUUGUAGAUUUACAUAAAUUAAAACGUGCCAAAACGGAACUUCAUAGCUGAGACCUCUCGACUCUGAAUCUGUCUGAGAAUGUUGGAUAUUUUUUCGACCAGCUGAGGAACCACUUGUUUGAGCAGCCUCAUUGAAUUUGUGCUUGUCUGUAUGAAGUCCUGUGUCUGCACUUUUUCACAGGCUUUUCUCAUCUCUUAUUGUCAAAGUCAGACCCUGCUUUACAAAGCCACUUUAUGGAAAAAACUUUUACAACUUAGUUACCUGCGUCGUUAUUUACUUUCUUACUUAAUCACUAGGUAAAUAGAGUGACCAGGACAUAGAGUGUUGACAUUUGCUCUUUGAUUUAACCUUAUCAGUGACUUAUCUUCUGCUCAGCUUAUGUAAUGGUUACUAUGAGACUGCACUGCACUGGCUUUUUCAUCAUCAACAAAUAGAUCUAGAGUACUGACUUGUACACUUUCUUAAUGUUUGAAUUUUUCCUUUAAUCAUAGAUUGUCUGGGUACACUAUACGGCUACUAUUGAUACAACUUAAAUAUGUGUUGAUGAUCUAUAUAGAGUGAAAGAAGGCAAGCACAUCAUGCACUGCAACUGACUAUAUAAUUCAUAACUUCAUCAUACACUAUUUCAGAGAAGCAGCAUGGCUUUAAUGAGACUUUAUUUCUUACAAGAAAAACCUAAAAAGUUUGAAAAUCCUGAACUCUGCUUAAGGAAGCUACUUUGAAGUUUAGCUCAAAGUCAGACUCAUAAGUCUGCGGCUCUGCUGGGGGCCAGCCUGGAUUCUUUGAUGUGUGUUUUUGGCUGAAAGAGGGCUGCUUUAAGAGAGACUAUAACUACUUCUGUUCAUGACUGUAUCUGGGCGUUGACUGCUGUGCUCUAAGUAUGCCGGUUUGGCCUGACUGACAGCUAUGCAUAAAGGCUCCUUUCAUGAUGGAUAAGGACUGACUUACUUCUGGCCUAAGAAUGAAAGGCAUUUAACCAGCGAGGGCUGUAUUUAAAAUUGAGUGAUAUUGUAAGCAAAAAGGAGUAAUUUCACUGACAUCUCUUUAUGAUUUGUUUUAAACAGUAUGUCUUCACAUAACAUAUUAAAGAAAGUAUUUUUGUCUAUCAGAAUUACAACUACACCCAUCUGUCAGCUGGAGACUUGCUAAGGGCAGAGCGAGCCAGAGAGGGGUCUCAGUAUGGACAGCUCAUUGACAGCUUCAUCAAAGAGGGGAAAAUAGUCCCUGUGGAGAUCACCAUCAACUUACUCCAGAAGGUAUGCAUCAAAUGCAGGCUGUAAAUCAAGUGAUUGUAGAGCAGGAGUUAGAUUCUGAUCAAUGAGUCAGAGAGCAGGCACUCCUAGGUAAGACUUUUUGGCUCCACUUCAGACCACAUCUACAUGAUUAUAUCUUUGUUUUGAAACAGAUUAGAUAUUUUACAGUUAAAUACCCCUAUAAAAAACAAAGCCUGUGGAUAUUUCUGAGCUCCUUUGAGUACACAGAUUUUCAAAUGAAUUCACAUUCACACAUUAAAGAAUAUUAAAUGAGUCAUGUUUUUUUGUCAGGCGAUGGAAGAGACCAUGAAGGAAGAUGAGCAAAAGUUCCGUUUCCUCAUAGAUGGUUUUCCCCGUAAUGAGGACAACCUGACGGGCUGGAACACCGUCAUGGAUGGCGAAGCAGAUGUCAAGUUUGUGCUUUUCUUUGACUGCAGUAAUGAGGUACGUCAUGGAAACUGAGCUUGAACCUCUGUUGCUGUUUUCAAAUACACACAGAGAACUGAGCUGAUAUCCUCCGAGUUAAACCAUACUCAGCAUGAGAUUUCUGCUCUGUGUUGUUUUUUUUUAACAGACUUGCAUCAACAGAUGUCUUGAAAGAGGGAAGAACAGCGGGCGCACGGAUGACAACAGAGAAAGUUUGGAGAAAAGGUACAGUCCUGCAGCAUACAAAAUAAAAAACUUUGACUUCAAACACCAACAAAGUCAGGACUUCUCAGUUUUAGUGAGUGUCAAUCCCCUGAGUAUGAGCCACUGCCUUUGGCUAUUAACUGACUCUGUGCUCUGGUUUGCUUUUGUCUCUAUCAACAAGCGUAUUUGAUCAGCAUAGAUUUGUCUGACCCAUUUAGUCUGCGCUUAGAUACCUGCAUAUGUUUUUGACCUAAUUCAUGUCUCCUUCAAGUCCCCGGUGUCAUCCGACCUCAAUAACUAAGCAUAUUUUUCUUUCCUGCAGAAUCCAAACCUAUCUGCAGUCUACACGACCAAUCAUUACACAGUACCAGAAACUUGGCAAGGUGCACACUGUAGAUGCUGCUCGCUCUGUGGAUGAGGUGAGGAGAUGGUGUCUGCUGAAGGAAAACAUCUGUGAACAUCACCCAGUGCUUACUUUAAUGAGUAAACACAGAGAGGAGAUGACAAAAAACUGUCAAUCAAAAGAAUUGCUCAGAGAAUUAGAGUUUCAGAUGUGAACCUAAUUGCUGCUUUAAUAAUAUCAUAUCUAGUUUUGACACCAAAGUUCAGCUGUUAACUGAAAUGAGACCAGUCGGACACUUCAUACCUUCACUACAUUCACUCAGAGAAAUGUCAUUAGAAGUGUAGAAGACAUCUUGACAUCUCUUUUAUUAACACUUCAACUUUAAACCAAAUAGAAGAGAGAAUGUAUGUCUUGAAAGUAGAAAGAGUGGUAAGAGGAGGAUAAUAGAAAGUGGGAGAAUAACAUACAGCAAAGAGCCAAAGGUCAGAGUCAAUCUCAUGCUGACACAUAACAGGGACGUAUCCUUUGGUGUAUAUGCAAGAAUUUUCACUUCAAAAUAAACAACUCAGGUGGCCUAGCGGUCUAGGAACUCCACGUAUCAAAGCCUUAAGUCUUUGCUGCAUCAGUUUCUGGUUUGAUUCCUGACUAUGACUCUUUGCUGCAUGUCCCCUGCUCUCUGCACAUUAGCUGUCCUAAGGAAGGCAAAAAUGACCCAAAAUGUAACUUAGAAAAACAAUUAGGAUGAAAAUAAAUUAGGUGUGAGGAGGAGAAGAUAAUUGAUCACUUUGUCAGAGGUAAAUAACCAGGUGAUUAAAAAAAAUGAUGGAAAACUGUCAGCAUGCUUAUUUCUUCCAUUUUCAGUCAUUUGUUUUUUGUUUUUGGCAGGCUGUCAGCUUAGGGCAGGAAAAAUCUUAAAGCCCAAUUUUCUGAGAUUUUUAUGAGAUAGCAUUGGUCUUAGUUUGGCCAUGAUUCAGGCAGUGUUCCUCUGAUGGAAGUUUGUUCAAAAAUAAUGAAAGAAAGUGAAUGGACAGAAACGACAUGUUAAAUAUCCAGCCCCUGUUUGUAUCUGGUUGGUAAAUUCGGCAUGUUUUCUCUUUCAGGUGUUUGCUGAUGUGAAAGCCAUCCUGGACAAAGAGGGCUGAAGUUCUCCUGCUGCCAACAACAUUCAUUUAUCUUUUUAGUUUUUAUUUUUAUCAACUUUAAGUACUCUAAAAUAAGUUUAAAUGUCCAUCCAUAUGACUUUUUACUUUUCGUUACCUUUGUUUUUGUUUUCCAUCUCUUUUGUAAAUGUGCACUGUUUGUUUGGAUAUGUGCGUGUGUGUGUUUGAGGGGUUGUAUGAAAUGUGUGGCAGUAUGAAUGAGAAGCAGAGAUGCUUAACAGCUUCAUUUGAUCAUAGGAUCACUGUUUUUCAUCAUAGUCUGAGGCCUUCCCAUAGGUUCAAAAAUGGAUCAUUAGCUUCGAGCAGCUUCUUUAUGUUAAUCAGCAGCACAUGUUGUGGUCAAAAUGUCAACAAAAAUGGAAUAUAUCACAAAUGUCUUCAGAGUAUCAUGUCAUUGGAAGCAGCAGGAUGCUUCAGACCAAAUAGUUUGACCUGAUGAUGACAGACUUGAAUCGAUUGUAAAACUUGACAGAUAAGGAACUAUCCUUUAGAAACACAUAGAACAUUUGUGUCAUCUUGAACGGACAGCACUACAGGGACAUGACAGGUUGCUAUUGUGACAUGUAGAAGUAUCACGUCUGUGUUUGUGUGAUUGACUCUGUCAACUCGUGAAUGUGCUUCACAGCGUUGACCCUUUGGAUUAGAAACAUGAAAAGAAAGAUUUGUUAAUCUGAUGUACUGUAUCUCCCUGAAGGAGGAGGGAUAAAAUAGAAAAAUUAGCACUGACCUUUUCUUUGUUGUGUUUUAUUUACUCUACAAUCCCUAACUAACAAGUUUCACUCUGUGUACUUUCUAUGUUUUGUAGUCGAUGAUAGUUAAAUCUCUUUUAAAUUCAGUAGUCCCUUAAGAGAAAAAAGGUUCCUGAGAACAUGUUAACAUCGAAAUAUAGCCGUUAUCCAUUACCUACAUUUUUAUACAAAGUUGUUCACAUAGACACCUCAUCAUGUAGUUUUAUGAGUCGAUAAAAUCUCACACUGUCAUCAACUAAGCCAGCCAGGAGAGGGCGCCUGAUAUCACUGUAUGACAAGAGUAAGUUUCAUAGAGUCUUGUUAUUCCAAAAUUCAUUGCACACUGUUUGAGUCUAAAUUGGUUCAAAAACAUCUCAUCUAUCAUGAACUAAUUGAGCUUUUUUUUUUUUUUUUCUCGAGUAAAUACAGGGGCCUCAUGCUGACUAAGAUACAGAGAUAAGACAUUAAAAAGUACUCAGUCAAAAUUAAAUGUCUGUUUUCCUUAUCUACCUUAUUUCAGAAACAUUGUGUGAUAUUUAUUUCUUAUAUCCAACUACUUUUCAUGUUUUUUAAGAGUGAACCGUUACAAAUAAUUAUAAUUUAUAGAACCCUUCUGAAAAAUGACACUUACACUGAUGUCUUUUCCAUGUAGUACACCAGAAAAGACACAAACAAAAGCAUGUAGCCACACCAACUGGACUAAACCACUCUUUUCUUGAGUAAAUGGACUCACGUACUGUUGACUUUCCUGUUAUGAUGAGGAACCAUCUGAGGGUUUUGCCAACACUUAAAAAGUCACACUUUCAUUUUCCCUAGGAAAAGUGAUGGCUUUUUUUGCCUUAAGAUGUAAGGUAAGUUAUUUUUGGAAUAAAUGAGUUCUUACAUUUUUAAGAGCCCUUGUUGCUCAGCUGUUUAUAAAAUCAGGUCUUAUCCCAAACAUGGAGUCUCUGUUUGCAUGUCUUUUGUGAAAACUUCAACCCUAAUUCACAGGGCCCAAUUCAUUACAAGUUCAUCAAGAAGUUCAUUAAGUCAUCUGUGUGUGUGUGUAUUUAUAUAUAUGUAUAUAUUUAUACAUACAAACAGAAAGAGAGAAUUCUUUGUGUGUAAACUAUAGUUUGUAGUUUUAUAAGACAAAGUUGGGUUUUAUUCAUUCUGUCACUUGAAAUAAACACAAAAACACAACAAGUGCUA